AUGACGACCCAACCGAGCACCGACGAGAAAAAGCAGGCGGGGAAUGAUAGCACUUCUCUUGAUUCGGUUGUGAAUGUCGAGACCGAGGGGAUUAGUGAGAAGGCGCUUUUGAGGAAGUUGGAUUGGAAGUUACUUCCUGGAUUGACGCUGCUUUACUUGUCGAGCUUUUUGGAUAGAAGCAAUGGUGUGUUUCCCCUCACUUCUUGUUUUUCCCUCUCGCCUUCCUAUGUUCGUCUUUUUUUGCACACCUGAAGGAUCUAUUAUGCUAAAAUUCCUCAUAUAAUCAACUUCAUUGUCCCAAAUAGCUUGGGUUGAUAAAGAUAUAUUGCUUUUAAUUGUCCCAAAUCGCUCGCACAUCUACUUUAGUUGUGCGAGGCUUUUAGGAUAAUAUUGUUCUACCCUAGGUGUGAUUAAGUAAUGAUAACCUCUCUUAUCGUUUUUGAUGUUUUGAAAGUUGAGUUGAGUGAGCGCUGACUGACUGAUAAUACAUAGUUGGCAACGCGAGGAUUGAUGGCCUCGCUACGGAUCUACAUAUCACGGGAAAUUAGUACUUGUUCACGUUGACGAUUUAUUUUAUUGGUUAUGUAUGUGACCAUAGGGUAGAGGAUGGGAGAUGAGGCUGAUGGAUGAACACAGGUGCUUUUUGAGAUUCCUUGUAAUAUCGUUUUGAAGCGGACGACGCCCAAGUGAGUUUUUCGGCUUUCUUCUUAUUUGGGCUAACCUGACAUCUCACAAACCGAUUCUAUCAUGAUAUUUACACUUCACUAACUUGAUCGGGCUUUCAGGAUAUGGCUUCCUACUUUGAUGCUAGCAUGGGGUAUCGUGGCAACGCUCAUGGGAGUUUCUCAAAAUCUUGCGGGGUUCUUAGUAGCUCGCUUCUUUUUGGGUGUUACGGAGAGUGGUUUAUUUCCCGGUGUGGUGUUUUACUUGUCUAUGUGGUACAAGCGAACUGAGACGCACUACCGAGUUGCACUUUUCUUUUCUGCGGCAAGCUUAGCUGGUGCUUUUGGUGGUAUUCUCGCUUAUGGGAUUGGGUUUAUGAGAGGAACUGGGGGGCUGGGAGGUUGGAGAUGGAUUUUCAUAUUGGUGAGAGCAACUCGAAUUUGGGAGCACAGCACGUGCUAACUGAAUUAUAGGAAGGGCUCUUGACAGUUGUCGUUGCUGUCUUCGCUUAUUUCUUUAUCCACAAUUAUCCAGACACAGCACCAUUCCUGACCGACUCGGAACGAUCAUACAUCCACGCCCGUCUCAAAGGCGACUCUGACGCAACCAACGACGAAAAGUUCACCUGGGGAAACGUCGCCUCCGCCCUGAAAGAUUACAAAUGCUGGAUGUAUGGACUAGGCUUCCACACCAUGUCCCUCCCUCUCUACACACUCUCCCUCUUCCUCCCCACAAUCAUCCGAGAGUUAGGGUACAGCGCGGCCAACGCCCAACUCCUCACCGUCUCUCCCUACGCUUUCGCCACAAUCCUCACGGUCAUAGUAGCAAUCCUCUCUGAGAAAACCAAAAAACGCGCACCCUUCAUCCUAACCUCUUCCUCACUCGCAAUCAUCGGGUACAUAAUCCUGCUCUCCACCAACAAGAGACCCGGCGUGUCAUAUCUCGGUACCAUAUUCGCAGCAGAUGGGAUAUACCCCUCAACCGCUAUCGUACUUUCCUGGCCCGCAGCCAAUGUUUCAGGACAGAGCAAGAGGGCAACGGCUACCGCAAUGACGAUUACGAUUGGGAACCUCGGAGCGGUAUUGGGGACGCAGUUAUAUCGACCGAAGACGGCGCCGCGAUGGUUUCUUGGACAUGAGUUUGCGUUGGGGUAUUUGUGUGCGAAUUUGUUGAAUACGAGUCUUUUGUGGUGGCUUUUGACGAGGGAGAAUAGGCUGAAGAGGGAGAGGGCUGUGAGUGGGGAGACGGGUGGAGAGGGGACGGUGAGGAGUGAUGAGGAUGUUAGAUUCAUUUUUCAGACUUGAGAGGCUUGUGG